AUGAUAGAAUAUGAUAAGCAGGAAAGCAAAGUUUACUGCUAUAAGGAAGCUUCCAUUGAGAUAUGCCCAUUCUAUGCGGAACUACUCGAAAAUCAGUUCAUGGUAAUCAUGAAGGUGUGGAAACGAAUGACUUCCUUACUUCCAUCGCUUUUAUCAAGUUCAGAAAAUGUGCAGAAGGAAAAUGAAAAAAAUUCUGAUUUGAAAAGCAGAAUUUUUCACAAGGGAGGUGGCAUAGGAACCUGUUGCACCGUACUAGUGCUACUGGUCGUUUGCUUGAUGAUACCGUUCGCCAUAUACAUGUGUGCAACCAGUGAGUCGAUAUAUGUUUGCAGUUUACAAGCAACUUGA